AUGAGUACAUUAACUCCAGCUGGACUAGGCAAUCUGGCACCUGGACCCUUACGUCGGAGUAAGUCUGGCCAGAUGAAUGGCUCACGUAGUAGUUCUAUAUCCCAUCCUAGUGGAAUCCAGAGAGCAGGAAGCAGGUUCAUGUUUGAUGAGGCAACUGCCUCUGCCAUUAAAGAACUGUCCUUCAAAAUGGAUGUCUCUCUGGAUCAGUCCCAGAAGGACCAGGAUCAGGGCGACGAAGAAGACAUCAAUCCUACUCAUUUGACUAGGAUAAAUGCACUGCCCUUAAGCAUCGUCACGCUACGGAAUGGGUUGUCGAAUAUGGGCCCUUCUCCUGAGGGAUCGGGCCUCGUUUACCUGAAACUAUCUCUUCCCAAUCUGGGUAUGAACUCUAUAGAUAUGCUGAAAAACUUUAAAUACAUUCAGACACUGCAAGUGCCUAGCAACAAUCUAACUGACGUGUCAAUCUUGGGAAACAUGAAGUAUUUGGUAGAAGUGGACUUGUCAAACAACAGAUUGACUGAAGUCCUCAAGUUUGAUCCUCCAUUCAACCUACAAGAAGCCGAUCUGUCUCGUAAUCAGAUACAAAUCAUACGGGACUUGAGUGAACAUCGAUAUCUUAGGAGGUUAUGUCUCGACAGGAACCUGGUCCUGUCCAUUACUGGACUGUCGCAAUGUAAAUAUCUAACACAUCUCAGUCUGCAACGUAAUGGCAUUGAAAAAAUUCAAGGUUUGGAUGGCCUGCCACUCACAUUCCUAGAUCUGAGCUGGAAUCGUAUCCAUGUCGCAGAAAACCUACACACAUUAGUUGAUUUAGAAGAGUUACAUCUAGCACACAAUCCAAUCACAUCACUCGCAACAAUGGACGUAUUACCAAACCUAAGAGUGCUAAACUUAGAUUCUAAUGCGUUGGACGAUGUCAGUGAUGUCACCGAAACACUCGCAGGAUUCAUACUCCUUCGAGACCUAUUCGUUAGGCGAAACCCCAUAUCAGCCAUGCCAGAUCAUCGUUUAGUCAUGGCAUACAGUCUCCCCUUCUUAUCAACCCUAGAUGGACUCCCAUUGGCGGUAGAAGACAAAAUCUCGGCUAUAAAUCGUUUUGAUCCACCUCCUGAAGUUGUAGCAUCUGUAGCUCAUGCUGCUACAUUGAAACGGCAAAUAAGACUAUAUGCCCGAUUACGAGCUGGUGACUUGCAACGUGCUAGACGUCUUAAACCGAUUGUGUUAUGUGGGCCUAGUGGUGUUGGGAAACGAACUCUCACAGCACGACUUUUGAAAGAGUACCCACAUAUAUAUGGAUUGGCUGUUUCUCACACAACACGGAAACCACGUCCCGGCGAAGAAAAUGGUGUGCAUUAUCACUUUGUAGAUGCUGAAGAGAUGGAACGACUGCAUGAAGAGGGUGCAUUUAUUGAACUCGUCAAUCUGUUUGGAAAUCAAUAUGGCACUAGUAUGUCUGCUAUUGAAAAAGUUACUGAAGAAGGCAAAGUGUGUGUCAUGGACUUGGAAAUCGAGGGAGUGCUGGCUCUUAAACGAUCACCCGUUAGACCAUAUUAUGUAUUCGUCACAGUGCCAAAUGCAGACGUACUGCAACAACGUCUCCAGAAUCGUAUGGGCACUCAAGAUGCCACCACCAAGAGUGAAGCCCCAUCACCAACAACCACAGCAAUCCGACUACCAACGGCAGAAGGUGGUGUAUCUUCUCAACCAUCAUCACGGCCAACAUCAGGUGGUAGUAAAGGAUCAGCAAGCGCGGCAAGUCAUAUGCCAUCACCACUGUCAAAAAGUGCGAAACUCAAUAAUCAUAAUAUGACAGACAAGGAACUAGAAGUUCGUAAAUGGUUGGCCAAGGCUAAAAUUAUUGAACGGUUUGGUCGAUCUGAUGGAUUUUUCGACUUUACGAUUGUAAAUCUGGAGUUAGAAAAGGCCUAUCUAGAGUUGAGGGAUUGGUGUUUAAAGAAUUAUGAGGAAGCUUAUGACGAAGACGAAUGA